AUGCCUUUCUCCCAUCACAGCCACUCGGGCCAAUUCUGCCCUGGUCAUGCCAAAGACUCGCUCGAGGACGUCAUUCAGACCGCCAUCGCAAAGAAGAUGCAAGUGUUUUGUCUGACAGAGCACAUGCCCCGCGAAGCCAUUGACUUUUACCCCGAAGAGAUCGAAGCCGGUGAAACAGAAGCCCACCACCUCGCCAACGAAGCAGCGUAUUUCACCGAAGCCCUUCGUCUACGCACGAAAUACGCCCCUCAAAUCUCCAUUGUCAUCGGCUUCGAAUGCGAUUGGAUUCGACCUUCUUCGCAAACCCUCAUCAACCGCUCCCUCUCACGCUUACCUUUUGAAUUCUUCAUCGGCUCCGUGCAUCACAUGCACACGAUUCCGAUCGACUAUGAUCGCGACAUGUACCUCCGUGCUCGCGAAAUCGCCGGAGGCUCUGACCAGCGUCUGUUUGAGGACUACUUUGACGCACAGCUGGAGAUGCUGCGGGCGUUGAAGCCGCCGGUGGUGGGGCAUCUGGAUCUGAUUCGAUUGAAGAGUGAUGAUGCCGAGCGGAGUUUCAAGGCCUGGCCGGGGGUUUGGAGUCGGAUCUUGAGAAAUCUGGAUUUUGUCGUGGAGUAUGGGGGGGAAUUGCUGGCCCGAGGUGGACGGUUCUGUCUCUCGGACGACAGUCACGGGAUAGAUCAAGUGAGUCUGAAUUUCCAUCUCGUGCUGGGCUUUUUGAACGAGGUUGGCGUCAAGGAGUUGCAUUACUUGUCGCUUGUGGGCGAAGAGGGAGGAGACUUGACCUCUGCACCAGACGAUCGAUUCCCUCGCACGAGAAUUGCUGCGGUGUCGAUGGAAGAGGUCAAACAGAUGGCUUUCUGGCAGGCGUGA